GUUUGCUAGUCAAUGGUUUCAUCACAAUCAGCUUUUUUUCCUGUAAUUCGUAGCCGUUGGGAUUAUUUUUUUAAAUAACCUGUAUAUUUCGUAACUUAUCAAAUGAUUGAUUGAAGGCUGUUUCUGUUGUUGCAUCGUUAUUUUUGAUAAGUGCUCGACAAUGGAAGUCGGAGGAGACAAGAGAAAAGAAAAUAAUUUGCAAAAUGUUAAUAGAAUUCAAAAAGUUAUUGGGUUUAUUGGAGCGGGUAAUAUGGCCAAAGCUAUCGGAGAAGGGUUAAUUAAAUCAGGUGCAGUGGAUGCAUCACAGAUUUACAUCUCGGCACCGACGCAACGAAAUAUUGGUACAUGGAUGGAACUGGGUGCACACACUUCUGAUAAUAAUGGUUUUGUGGUGAAGAACGCUGAUGUAAUUAUACUAGCGAUGAAGCCACAGUACCUUGAUGCAGCCCUGGCAGAAACCAGCGACUCUCUUGGUGACUGGCUGCCCAAUACUAAACUUUUCAUUUCUGUUCUGGGAGGCAUUAGGAUUGACACCCUUGAAGAAAAAUUGAAGAAGAUUGUUAUUCGACCUCGAGUUAUUCGAGCAAUGCCUAAUACGCCAAUGAUGGUUCAGGAAGGAUGUUCAGCCUUCUGUCGCAGUAUUUCAGCAACAGAUGAAGAUGUGAAAAUCACUCAUCAGAUAUUUUCUGCUGGUGGAAGAUGUGAAAUGAUUCCAGAAUCACUGAUGAAUGCUGUCUCAGCUGUGUCAGGGAGUGGACCAGCAUUUAUAUUUGUCAUGAUGGAAGCGCUCGCAGACGGCGCAGUGAAGAUGGGUAUCCCACGUGCCAGUUCGAUCGAGCUAGUGGCCCAGACAGUGCUCGGCUCUGCAAAAAUGGUUCUGGAAUCUGGACAGCAUCCCGGCCAGCUGAAAGACAGUGUCUGCUCACCUGGCGGCUCCAGCAUCUGUGGCAUUAAUGUACUGGAGCGUGCUGGGGUCAGGGGUGUUCUAAUGGAUGCAAUUGAAGCAACUGUGAAGAGAUCGGAAGAAAUGGGGAAGCUGUCAUGAAAACACUAACUUGGUCAUGUAAAAAGGACUUUUGUUUAUUAAACUCCUGUUCAGUGCUGUACAUUACCAUUUGAUAUUCAACUGUAAUGUUUUUAUUAAAAAAAUUUAAGAAGUGACUACAGUGACAGUACCAA